CGGCAACCAGCACCAAGUGGCGCUGCCGACGCUGAUAUCGUAAAAUAUAAACAAAUGCUAAAUUAAAAUUGUCUCCCUAGACAAAAACAUGUAUUGUAAUGAGACGACAAUUUCCAGAUGUUUGACGUGUGUGAGAAUGAAAGAAAGUUUGUGUGUAAACAGAAAUUAUAGCGAUUGUCACUAAUUGCCAAAGUGAAGUGUGGGAACAGCUGAGUGUAUGAAUGCGAUUUGCAGCAAAGAGAAAGAAACCAACAAAGAAUUUUUAGGCAACCGGAGAGUGACAAUAACAAAGAAACGACGACAUAAAGCAAGCAAAUUGAAAGACUACCGCAUUUUGUGUGCUCUACAGCGCGUUCCAAACGACAAACAAAAUCAUUCCGAAUCACUUGGCUCAGUUACUGCAUUGUUUUUAUUUUGUCUACAUAUUCAUUGUUGUAAUUUUGUUCGCAUCAUUGAUUUAGUUGCCAACGAAAGAAAGAAAUGCCACAAUUGUGUGCGCACAUACACAUCAAGCCAAACCAGGCAAAACCAUAAUGUGCAAAAUAAAGCCGUGAAGUACUUUCAAGCACAAAGCGUUGUUGGCACAUCGAACGAUAGGCAAAAAACAGACAGACAAAGCGAUGGUUAUUGUGCUGUGUGAAACGCAAUUCAGUUGUGAUCGAUGAAUAAUCGUGUUAGUUUAUUAAAUCAGUUUUGGUUGUGCGUUGCCACAGUAAGCACAGUGUACAUUUCUUUGGUCCGCAAAAUAAACAGUGGCCAGGUUAAUAUUAAUUGAUUGUGACUUGAACAAAAAAAAGAAGAAGUGGAAAACUGAGUGACCGCUUGAAUUGGAAUUAAUUCAAUAAAUCUGUGCUAAUUGACCCAAUACGACAGUUGAACAUAAUUGAAGCAAGGAUGUCAAGCAAAAGUAGCCCAAGUCAUGAGUCAAAUAUGGUGGCGUCGAGUUCACGGUCAACGCUAUUGACGGAUGAAACAAUUUCAAGGGAUUUCAGUUUGGCCAGCUUGGCAUCGGCCAGUACAAUCAGUCAACAGGAUGAAUACUUUCACUGCGACAAUCACGCUUCGACAGCUCUAUCACACAUGCAAACCUAUUUGGACAAUCAACAACUCUGUGAUGUUACAUUGAUAUCGGGAAUCGACAAAAAAAGAGUUCCAGCUCAUCGAAUCGUAUUAUCUGCGUCGAGUGCAUAUUUUGCGGCAAUGUUCAUGGGUUCGCUACGUGAGACCAAAGAAGAAGAAAUUACAUUAGGCGAUGUGCAAGGUGAACCAUUACAAUUGCUCAUUCGUUACUGCUACACUGGUACAAUUGAACUGCGCGAAGACAAUGUCGAAAUCUUACUGGCCACGGCAUGUCUGCUUCAAUUAACUCAUGUUGUUAAUGCUUGCUGCAAUUUUCUGGCCAAACAACUUCAUCCAUCGAACUGCCUGGGUUUCGCUUUGUUUGCCGAACAACAAAGCUGCAGUGCCUUAUUUCAACUUUCGACAUCGUAUACAUCACAGCAUUUCAUGCAAGUAUGCAAGAAUCAGGAAUUUUAUCAACUGAGUGCCGAUCAGUUGGCUACACUGCUUAAAAGUGAUGAUCUCAAUGUACCUACCGAACAAGAUGUAUUCCAUGCGCUCAUCAGUUGGAUUAAUUAUGAACCAAAUACACGAGAAAAGUACAUACCUGAACUACUCGGAUUGAUCCGACUUCCAUUGCUUCCACCAGCUUUCAUUGCCGAUUAUGUAGAAUCAUUGUGUGCUGAUUCAAGCGAAUGCCAACAGCUUGUGAUGGAGGCGCUCAAGUGGCAUUUAAUGCCCGAAAGACGAGCUCAAAUUUCUUCGGAUCGAACCCGACCGCGAAAAUCUACAGUCGGCCGAUUGUUGGCAAUUGGAGGUGUUGAUGCACAUCGGGGCUCGAUUAGUAUCGAAUCAUUCUGUCCACGACUUGAUAAAUGGACAAUGCUGAAACAUUUGACGACGGGGCGGCGUCUACAAUUUGGCGUUGCAUUGAUGGAUGACAAACUGAUUAUAUGCGGUGGAAGAGACGGAUUGAAAACACUCAAUUCUGUCGAUUGCUUAGACUUGACAACAAUGACUUGGAACACACUCGGGUCAAUGACCACCCAUCGACAUGGACUUGGUGUCGAAAUUCUUGGUGGCCCACUUUAUGCCGUUGGUGGACACGACGGCUGGAGCUACUUGAAUACGGUUGAGAGAUGGGAUCCAAUCGCAAGGCAAUGGAGCUCUGUUGCGGCAAUGUCAUUCGUUCGUUCGACAGCCGGUGUUGCAGUUUUAAACAACCGCCUCUAUGUAUGUGGUGGUCGAGAUGGAAGCUCGUGCCAUCGUUCAGUGGAAUCAUACAAUCCACACACUAACAAAUGGACGCUUAGAUCACCAAUGAAUCGACGACGAAGUGGAGUUGCUGUUGGUGUAUUGAAUGGUUUCUUGUAUGCUUUGGGAGGCCAUGACAGUCCAGCAAGCAAUCCCACAGUAUGCCGAACUGAAAGCGUGGAACGAUACGACCCAGCAACCGAUAAUUGGACAAUGAUUGCCUCGCUAAGUAUUGGACGAGAUUCGAUCGGAAUUGCACUUCUUGGCAACAGUCUAUUUGCCGUAGGCGGCUAUGAUGGGCAACAAUACUUGAAAACGGUUGAAAAAUACGACGAAGAAAAGAACGAAUGGAUCCAAAUGGCUCCAUUGAAUUUGAGCCGAGCAGCUGCGUGCGUUGUAGCUGUUCCGAAUGUAUUAAAUACGACGACAACUGUAUCAACGAGAAAAGUCUGGAGGCCAGUACGCUUCAACUUCAGCUAUAGAAAUAGUGACUGCAUCAAUUACUGUAUUUGAAUCUAGAAUAAAUCACACACAAUACAAGACACAUCCAGCCUGUGAUUUCGACAUUAUCGAGGUUAGCAUUAAAUGUGAGACUUUUAGUUGAUCCACACCAUUCGUGAAUAUUAGCAAAACUCUGAAACAUCACAACGUUCACGAUUUACUUUUGUAAAUUUUUAUGCGACCAAACGAAAUAAAUAUUGAAUGAACGUCA